UGUUUGGAACUUAAAAUGUAUAAUUUUGCUUCAACAGAUGAUGAUGACGAUGAUGAUGAUGAUGAUGACGAUGACGACGGUGAUGAUGAAGCUGGAGAGAAAAAUGGACAAGAUAAGGAAGAAGAGGAAGUUGGGAAUUUGCAGUUGGCAUGGGAAAUGCUAGAAGUAGCUAAAGUCAUCUACAAAAGAAAGGAAAGCCAAGAGGAUCAGCUAAUGGCAGCCCAGGCGUAUCUGAAACUUGGAGAAGUCAGUGCUGAAUCAGGUAACUAUCCUCAGGCACUUGAUGACUUCCAGGAGUGUCUUGCCCUGCAGCUGAAAUACUUGCCUCCCCACAAUCGUCUGUUGGCUGAGACCCACUACCAUGUUGCUACUACGCUCUGCUAUAUGGAUCAGUACAGCCAGGCCAUCCAGCACUACAACAGCUCCAUAAAGGUCAUUGAGACCCGUUUGGCCAUGCUGCAGGAGGUGAUCGAUGCAGCCGAAGGCGCAGAUGGAGCAGCAGAGGAGAAAAAUGAGCUGGAUGAGCUAAAGCUGCUUUUGCCUGACAUCCGGGAAAAAGUGGAGGAUGCCAAGGAAAGCCAGAAAACAGCCAGCGCUGCCUCACAGGCCAUCCAGCAGACACUAGGUGGUGCAUCAACUUCAUCAGCAUUCCUUUGUGAAAAUGGCAGCACUUCAUCGGCAGCUUUUGCAACAACCAGUCAGGCUCCAGUUAAAACUGAGAGUGCCUCAUCUUCCAAAGCGGUCUCUGACAUCUCUCACCUCGUCAGGAAAAAGAGGAAACCAGAGGACGAGAGCCCAGUAAAGGACACUGAUGCUAAACAAGCGAAACAGGAAGGCACAGUUAAUGGCAGCGGUGACUCUAGUGCCAGCAACGGCAAUGGAGUCCAGGAGGGGAAAUCACAGGAGUCUGCCACCCAGUCUGCAUCUGUCGAGUCCCCGGCGUGACCGUCUUCACCUCUUUACUGAUCUCAGAAACCAGCACAUCAUGCCUGUCCAGCCCCUAUACACCUUUCAGCACUCUUGUUUCUGUAAAUAAGAUCCAUUUUCAUAGAUUUGUCUGUCAAGUUUUUGUAUACUUGUAGUAAAAAUAAAGAAUCUGCAGAUGUAACUAUG